CAUUCGCGCCGUUUUGCUACGGUUUCCGGGUUGAACGACAUCUUUCCUCGAAGCGAACAUCUUUACGGCAUCUUACUGUGGCGUUGUCAUACUAGAUUAGAACUGUUUUCGCGAGGAUAUUGAAUUAAGUUAGUGGUGGAGUUUUACAUUUGCAUUGAAAAUGACUUCGUUCCUACACAGCCAGCAGCUAGGAGAGGGAGAAGGGAAAGCAGGGACAGGAGAACGUCCACUUUUGGAAGUGAGGAAAAUGACGCCGUGCGUACACUGCCAGCAGCCAGGAACAGGAGAGGAACAGGGGACAGGACGACAUCCACUUCUGGAAAAAAUAUUGCCUGAGGGAUAUGACCAUCUGGUGUGCUCCUAUGAGGAGUUGUCGCAGGCUCAGUUUAGAUCACAUUUCAAACUGAGAAUCACCUCAGAAGACGAGGUUUUUAAAUGGCUGGAGUAUUUCCAAACCUCCUCUGGGCAGGUUUGGAGGAAGGCUAAAACCUAUCCAAACUGUGGACGCUACAAUGCCUACAGGGUGGACUUAAGGUGUGAGCACAACACCUAUCCCAGACCUGUUAAACCUGCGAAAAAGACAAAAAAUAUGUCAUGUGGUGCCAUCAUGUACUUGGUUCUGAAAAGGGAGGCAGGCAGUCACAACAGGAAGUCAAGGUCCGGGGAUCCUCAUGUUAAGGAUGGCUACCUACUGAACAUCCAUCUCCGAUACGAGCACAACCACCAGCUCUCGUGUGCCAACGUCGUGAGGAAGCGAGACGCCUCGGACGAGACCAUUGCCAAACUGAAGACGCUCUUUGAGCGCGGCCACUCCCCCUCCUCUGCACUGGAUAUAAUAAAGUAUGAUCUGCAGGAGCAGGAAGGGGAAAGUCCCAUCUACACUGCUGCAGACCGCUCCAUUUGUCCUGACAUGUAUUUCUGUUACAGACUUUACUACAAGCUUUUUCAGAAAGCUUAUACUGCACCGUCAGAAGAGAAGAUGCUGGCAGAUCUCAGGGAUAGACUUUACCAGUACAACACGGUGCAGGGGGAAACCAGUGCAAAAAUGGAAAAAACUGAAUGCGGUCAGGUGGCCAUUGCCGUAUGCACCCCGGUCAUGAGAAGAGUGCACACAAAGUUGAGCGAGAGCGGGGAAAUCAUCUUUGUGGAUUCAUCGGGGAAUUGUGAGCGCCAGAGCCACCGGAUAUUUCUUCUUCUCGCCCACUCCACCGCCGGAGGACUGCCGCUGGGGGUGCUUAUAACGACAUCAGAGAGUCAGUCCACCAUUACGUCUGGGCUUCGGCUCCUGCAAACCCUUUUGCCCACCGGCAGUUUUUUCGGGAGGGAACAGCCUCAGGUCAUCAUGACGGAUGACUGCAAGGCUCUGCGUCAGUCCCUCCAGGCAGUUUUCCCCAACGCGAAGCUGCUCCUGUGCAUGUUCCACCAACUGCAGGCCAUGUGGAGGUGGUUGUGGAGCGGCCGCAACGGUGUGGUUAAGCAAGACCGGCCACAGCUCCUAAAUUCGUUCAAGAGCCUUGUCUACCCCGACUCAACCGCGUUGCUGACCGAACGGUACAACAGAUGCCUUGCUGACCCUGUUGCCAUUAAAUAUCCUAGAUUCCUCCACUACCUGGCCGAGGUGUACAGGAGACAUGAAGAGUGGGCCAUCUGUCUUCGCAAUGAGCUUCCAACGAGAGGGCAGAACACCAACAGUUUAGUGGAGAGUGCUUUCAGAGUGGGGAAGGAGAAGGUCCUCCACAGGUUGAAGCCAUACAACAUUACUCAGUUGGUAGAUUUUGUAACAACCAGGAUGGAGGCCCACUACAUCCGCCGCCUCACCGACACAGCAAACAACGGAGUGGCUUUCCUUCAUGUAAACGAUGUGGAUUAUGAAAAUAUUGCACAGGUAGACGAGAACCACUACGUGGUUCCAAGCGCUACGUCUGAGUUGCAGUAUGACGUGGACGUGGCGAUUGGAUGCUGCACGUGUUCAGAUGGACUCGUUGGUGCACUAUGCAAACAUCAGAAUGCCGUUUUGAACAAGUUUGGUCAUCACGAGAGUGUCCCACACGUCCCCACGCCUCAGAUGAGAACGCUUUACCAUGAGAUUGCAACUGGUGGCGAAGGCGUUUUGUCAAAGGCAAGCAACUGCACCAAUGUCAAUGCCAGUCCUGGACCAGGCACAUCUGCAGAGGCCCUCGAAGAGAUGUUGGAGCAGUUCUGCAGUAGUCUCAAAGAUAAACUACACAACGACCCCCAAACCUUCACAGCACCAAUUUGCAACUUUCUGGGAACUUACAAAAAAAUGAACGACAGCUCCCUCGCGUCAGCUCUGCACUGUUUUGGUAAGACGUCACAGGUGAAAUCCAGAAAUCGGCAGUCUUCAAAAAUGAAUGGAACAGCUAUUGGUAAAAGAAAGGCGGCAUUGAUACCCGGGCGACCUCCAAAGUCCCCAAGGAAGGAGCAUCUGUAUUAAAAGAAAACAGCGCAGGAAAAAGUGCAACUCAUUCCCUGUCCAACUGUGCAGAGGAGAAAACAUCUGUCGGUAGUAAUGACUAGAGCAACUGCAGUGACCUCACGCCUGGACUCCACUCUAAGCUAUUUUUUUACGUCGAUACAGUGGCGUAAGGUAGUUACGACGGGCCCCUCUGCACGCUAGUUUCUUGUUAUGAAACACACACACACACCAUUAGACGUUUGACUUGAAGAUGUACUGAGUCAGACUUGACAGAUUGACCUAAAGCAGACCUUACGCCAAAGGACUUUUCAAGCGAUUCCACUGUCGCAGACUUAAAGGUCCAAUAUGUAAUAUUUAUACUGUAAUAAAUCCAAA